GCUCUCAGUCCGGAUCUCCGCCACACUGAGAGAACAGCGGCAGCACAGAGGCAGCUUAGCUGCGUAGCUAGUUAAUGUUGUGACCCAGAAAAAGAUCAAUAUAUACAGAAUUUCUUCAUUAAAGCAGCGGAACAGCAGAGAAGAGGCUUGUAUAAGCCUUCUGCUUCUGCCUGAGCGCUGAUUCAGCAGCUGGGAUGUAUCAUUUAGCUGGUAAUUUUAGCCUGUUUAAUGGAAGGUGCUGGAAAUUUCACAGUAAGAAGGAGGAGAUAUUUAUUAAACACAGAAGAGCGAUAAGCCCGAGACUAAGACUUUUAUCGCGGUCCUAAACUAAAUCAGAGGGUCUGAAGCUUGUUUCUGGAGAGCUCUGGAGUAAAUAGAGUUAUUAGAGACUGUGACUAGUUACUCUGUUGUUGUUUUGUCUCCUCAGGCCUGAUGGUUUACAGCGUUAGCGCUGCUGCUGAGAGCUAGCUUAGCUUAGCUAACCCUGGAACUGCGGUGUUUUUAGCUAGCUAGCGUUAGCUAAUAACGUUAACAUUUUCUGAAGUUUAAGGACAUAUUUCAGUGUUCAGUUACUGCCUGUAGAAAGCGCAGAGAGACUAAAGAUACACGUCUUUUGUCGUAAUUCUGAGGUUUUGUGUGAGAUUAGCUAGCGACUCUUUUUACUUAGCUAGGCUAAGCUAAGCUAUCUUAUUUGUUUAUUUUAGAGUUGGCUAACUGCUAGGUUAGCUAACGCUAGUUAGAGUGGGUCUCGGGUCUCAGUGAGAGUUUUACAGAGGGAUUUUCAGGAUUUUCAUCAUGAAACUCUUAGAAAACUCGAGUUUUGAGGCCAUAAACACACUGCUGACCAUAGAAACAGGAGACUGCAAGAUAAUAGGACGGAUUGAAAGCUACUCCUGCAAAAUGGCCGGCGAAGACAAGCAGAUGUUUAAGCAGUUCUGUCAGGAGGGUUUGCCUCAUGUGCUCGAGGCCUUGUCCCCUCCACAGACCGCUGGAGUCAGCCCUAACAAGCUGAGCCACAGUCAGAGUGGUGAUGAAGGAGAGGGUCCGCUCUCUGAUAAGUGCAGCAGGAAGACGCUGUUCUACUUGAUUGCCACUCUUAACGAGUCCUUUAGGCCGGAUUACGACUUCAGCCGCACCAAAGGCCACGACUUCAGCAGAGAGCCCAGUGUUAACUGGGUAUUUAAUGCAGUGAACAGUAGUUUGUCUGCUGCUGCUGGAGAGGUGUACAGUCAUCUGCAGCCUCAGCUCUGGGAGGCCAUCGACAGUGAGAUUAGCCUGGCUGAAUGUGACAUUUACAGUUAUAAUCCAGACCUUGCUUCAGAUCCGUAUGGAGAAGAGGGCAACCUGUGGUCCUUCAAUUAUUUCUUCUACAACAAGAGACUGAAGAGGAUCGUUUUCUUUACGUGCCGCUCUGUUAGCCUGUUCAUGGCUCCACAGAACUUUAGCAUUGGCACAGAGUUGGAUCUGGAUCUGGAGGAGGGAAGCUUUGAAGAAGAGGAGGAAGAGAACAUGGACGAGGAGAGACAUGGAGCUUUGUGUGCCCUGUGAAGAGAGCAUAGUGGCAGGGCUUUGCUCCUGAACGCCUCUGCGCAACACUGACGACGUCUCGUACAGAGCCUUGUGUCAGCUUUCCUUUAUAUUUCACACAAGUCAUUAUUAUUAUAUUAUUGGUUCUGCUUUAACUACAAGAGAGAAGAAAUCCUGUAAUGUUGAAAUUCUCAGAGGGGCUUUCAUUUGUGUUUUUAGAUGUUUUUUUUUCUUUUCUUUUUUUUAAUACCAGUUUGUUGGACUGUUUUCUGCUUUUUUUAUGACUCCCAAAAAAUCAGUCAUUCAUACACCCUUAUUAACUUUUUAAUAUAGAGUCAGCUUCAUUCUUGAGUUUUUAAAAAGUUAUUUUUAUUUUAUACCACAUUUUAAGACAAUAGGCAUUGACUUAUUUCUCUUGUGCCACUAGGGGGCAGUCUGUACAUAGCCUUGUAAGCUUUUACUUACGUUUUGGGUUCAUCUUUAUUGUACAUCUUGCUUUAAUUACAAGAGAGAAGAAAUAAUUUUAAAAAGGAAAGUUUGGUGAUAGUGAAAUCUGCAAAGGGGAUUUUAUUUGUUUGUAUUUUUAAUGUAUUUUUUUUUUUACCGUUUCUUGGCCUGUUAAUUUUUACAAAUGUUGUGCUGUGUUUUAGGAUUUGUUUUAAGUUUUGUGACAGUAUCUUGUUUAUUAUUAUUUUUGUCCACACUUUUUUUUUAGUAUUGUAAAAUUUGGCAACCAAAAUGAUUAAUAUGAGAAUUGCAAAAAGUUUUCUUUAAAAAGACAUUUUGAAAAGACGUGAAAACCGUCUUUAGUAUUUGAUAAUCAGCCCAAAAAUAAAAAAAAUAUUUUCUGUGCAUCCAUGAGUUAUUAUUUUGGGCUUUCCUAAAUUGCAAAGAGGCAGUUAUGUCUCUUACCACCAGGGGGCAGCCUGUACCACACCAGUAUCUCAACACUUGUGACCCACGUGUCAUUCUUUUGUUUCUGAGACAUGUUGUCUCAUUGUUUCAGCCAUCACUCCAACUCCGAAUGUGAUUUUUGAUUUUAGGGGACCAAGCUUCAGUGUUCAAAACGUAUUUUGGGUGUUAUUGUUGUUGGUUGUAUUGUUUUAUUUUCUUUGUAUUAAUCAUGUACUUUUUUUCUUUAAUUAUUAUUUUUUGUUUGCUCAUCAAGCAUAAACCACAUGUAGAUCUUGCACCCGAGGACUAUGGCUCUGCACAGUUUGGAUGCCCCAAACAAGUUCUCUAGAGGCUCUAUUAUGGUGGUUCUGCUUUCCAGAGUUCAGAUUCCUGAACUAUUGCAGCCCCUUGAGUGAGUGUAGUGUAGCUGAGGAUAAGCUAAAGAUACCCCAGAAUUCCAGAAUUAGCUUAGUGUUCAUCACUUUUUCCCAUUUAUGGAUGUGAGCUGAUAGCAAUGUCAGUCUUUUCCCCCAUUUGUUUUUAACACGCAAUCCUUUGAACCUAAUACAUACAUAUCCGAUUUGAUUAUAGUGAUUAUAUUUGAUUAAAGACCUGAUUAUAGUG